AUGGCAACAAAUAAACUGCUUCACAUGAAUGGCGGUUUUGGAGAAACAAGCUAUGCAAACAACUCCUUGCUUCAGAGAAAGGUGAUCCUGAAAGCGAAGCCUAUUCUGAAAGAGAACAUCACGAGAGUUUACAGACACAUUCAACCAGAUUGUCUGAACGUUGUAGACUUGGGAUGCUCUUCAGGGCCUAACACGUUGAUGACGGCGUCUGAAAUCAUGGGAAUUAUUCAUGCAGUGAGCUUGAGCUUAGAACUGAAGGCACCGGCUUUCCAGAUUUUCCUGAAUGAUCUUCCCGGAAAUGAUUUCAACACCAUCUUCCAGUCUCUUCCUGAGUUCUACAGCAAGCUUCGACAGGACAAGGGAGACAACUUUGGACCUGGCUUCAUUGUCGGGGUUCCUGGGAGCUUCUAUGAAAGGCUUUUCCCAGACAGUUCGAUCCACUUCUUUCAUUCCUCUUUCAGCGUCCACUGGCUCUCUCAGGUCCCGAAGGGUUUGACUAGCAAUGGAGGCACAGCAUUGAACAAGGGAGACAUUUAUAUAACAGAUACAAGCCCACCUGCAGUGCGGAGAGCAUAUUGUGAGCAGUUCCGAGAGGAUUUCAAACUGUUUCUGAAAUUUCGUUCAGUGGAAUUGGUACGAGGUGGGGGUAUGGUUCUCACGUUUCGUGGCAGACUAGAGGACGAAAAUCCAUCAACUACUUUCAACCUGGUCGGAAAGGUCCUGCAUGACAUGGUCUUAGAGGGGAAAGUUGAGGAGGCAAAACUAGACAACUUUGAUAUUCCGUACUAUGGUCCAACAGAGAAGGAAGUGAGGGAGAUCAUUGAAGACGAAGGAUCGUUCAGUGUGGAAAGGGUCGAGUUUAGCAAACUGGGUUGGGAUGCUGAUAUGAAUGAGAGCAAUGAGGGCAGCAACAACAUUGAAGAUGGCGUGGCCAUGAAAGCCAAGUUCGUAGCACAGUACAUCAGAGCCGUCACGGAACCUCUUCUGAAGACGCAGUUUGGGGAAGCAAUAACCAUGGACGACUUGUUCCUCAGAUUCACGAACAAGCUUGUCCACCUCAUGCAGCUCAACGACCUCGUGUACAACAAUCUUGUCGUUUCCCUCACCAAGCGUCAAACUAAUGCAUGA